AUGUCAUCUUGGCCCAAAUCCUCCAAAGCUUCCCGGCGGCAGCAGGGUAACCCAAACGGGAGCGCACAGCCGUUGAGGUUCAGAAGUGCGCCCUACAACAGGGAGCAGAGGACCGAAGAUAUCAAGGAUGCCCUCGAAAGUUACAAAGAACUUGAGCAAAAACAACUCUACAGUGGGAGUCAGCACGAUGGUGCAAAACAUCAACCGAAUGUUUUGGACCAAUAUGUAUCCAAGCCUGAGAUGACUCCAUCAGAAAGGCGGAAAACCUUGUAUCAGAACUUCUACAAGCAAGUGCAGGAGGAUCGGACAGUGGCUGACUGUGUGAUCAUUUCCCUGACCAACCAGUGCUUGGAUUACCCCAAAUCGCUAAACCAGUGCUUGCAGGACCGUGGCCUGUCGGUGGAAAUGCUCUACCUGCAGGCGGAGUCGGGCCUGACCAAAGCCCUGCAGGAUGUCCGAGGUGUUGGCUCCCCGUUAUGUAUUCUGGUGGAGCAGACAAACAUAGCUCUGUCCUCCUGCACUGUUAUCAUUUUCUCAGAGUCCCUCAAAAUUCACCGCAACAUGCCCAAAGACCAAGCCAUGGAUUUUGUUGUAGCAGAGCACGGGCGUGGCGUCGGUAAGGAACGUAUGCCAAGGGACCCCGCAGAUAUUGCGUCUCAGGCAUCGCAGUUGCUUGGGGAUUUUCUGGAUCGGGAAAAGAUCGGGCGCCACGUCGUUCCCACAGAAAUACGUCAGUCCCUCCAGCUGCUGUCCGAGGGCGUGCAUGUUUACUCUGAGGAGCUAGAAACCAUCUUGGGUUAUGUCCGUUCCCGUCAGGAAUUCUUAAGAGCGAGCAAUGACAGAGAACAAAAGUGCAACAUUCUGCCUUCAGGACUGGGAAAGCCGCCUCCGCUUCUCCCAACACCGCUAGAACCGCCUCAGUGUGCAAGUGAAGCGGGACGCCCACCACUGCUAGACUGUACUCCACCCACACCAAUGCCACUCUUACCUUCACCAGGUUCCUUUCCAAAAACCAAGCCUCCCCCUCUGCUAUCACUGCAUCGACCCCAAUCUACGCACAAUUUAUAUGGUGGCCCCGGGUUGCUUUGUACCCCUCUAAUGCGUCCUCUUCCACAACGUAACCAGGCCCUGCGAGGGUCCCACAGCAUGAGAGUUGCUCCACCCUCCCUUAAAAGUUCUCGUCCCCCACUAUUAGCGACUCCAGAGUUCAACACCUUACACAGAGUCAUGGGUCAAGGCCAGUAUAGAGACCAGCUCUUUGAUAAGCUGCCUACCUGA